AUGGACUACUUGGGACUAUUUGGACAAAGCCGCACUGGAAGACCCCUCGCUGUGGCAAGCAUCCGCCACGGUAAUGUCUUUGAUCUUGCGAAUGCAGCCAUCAUCGAGGUCGCGGGCAUCAUCGGUCGUCACAGCCCGUUGAGCGUCAAUCCCAAGACGGCCACUGCACUCCGCGAAACCGUCGUCUACGUAAGCCUAGUCACACCGGCCGACCCAGCAAGCGACUUAUCUAGACUAAGUGAUUCCGAAUGGUGGGCAUCAGCCUCGUUGUCUGUUUCGAAGAUUGUCUUUGCUGUUGGGUUGGCCAUCCUCGUCGCGCGCAGGGGUCUAGAGAUCGGACCGGCCCUUCUCAUAUGCAUCGCCCUCUCCCACGUUCUCACCGUUGCGCUGCGGCUUUGCGUCGAGCCCAUCUUCGGGAACCUGACUACAGCAGAAUCCGACCGAGUCGAAACCGCUAGACGUGAUGCCGCGUUAGAUAUCCAUGUGAUCGCGGAAAGCUGGAAUUCGUCCAAGAUCUCGAUUGUCUGCGGAUACUCCAGCCAACUCCACGCGCUGACAAACAUUCCGGUUCGGACAAGUCGGCCCUUGUUUCUCAAAUGGCUGUGCCGUGUACUUGCCGUGGUUCUCACGACACAGGCGGCACUCCUCGCUGCGACCACUAAUGCACAAGGAAAUGAGAGGUGGUCAACCUUGCUGUGGCUCGCCGUCUACUCACUUUCGUGGCUACUGAAGAAGGGACUACAUCUGUUGAUAGGCCCAGAGCGUAUCCUGGAGAAGCAACCCGCAAACCUUCAAUUCAUGGAGCCUCUGCAUUUUAGCGGGCGGCGAGCAGCUCUGAUUUUCAUCUCUAUGCUUCCGGUAUCGCCGAGGGCUAACCGCUGGGCGUGGUGGGACGUCUUCUUGCCCGAUAAUGAUCGCCGCAGGAUUUUGCAGGAGGAGUUGGAAGGAUCACCGAAGUUCCAGGCGGCCACCAGAUGGAAGGAACAAGAUGGCGACCUCUCGAAUGAGGGUGCUUCGGGUAUCAAGCUGUCUGCUUCGUCCAGUGACCAACUGGACGAAGCGAUCGAGGUGCUGACCAGCCCGGCUUGCAAGGAGAAACUAAAACAAUAUUUAGAUAUCGUCUGUCCCACUGGACCUUCCCUUUCAAGAACAACGGUCGCUUGA